AUGCAAGUUGUCGACCGAACGCGUCAUCCCUGUGGCCUUCGGGUAUUCGUCGAGUGGCUGUCUGGCAAACGGUUGGAGUUCCAACUGGAUCCAGAUGCUUUGGCAGAAGACCUCAAGGCCUCCCUAGAGCACGGAGGAGGAGUCCCUGGACCCUUUCAGACGCUUCUCUUUGGCACCCAUGAGCUUGGUGACAAGGACCGCCUCAGCCAGCUCAGCAAUGCCAAGGGAGACGUGCAGCUGAUCUUGCUGAUUUCCUCAUGCAGAAGCCUUGGUACCAACGCGGGCAAGACCAAGAAGCUAGCAACUUUGCGAGAGGUGGCAUGUCACAGCUGGAGCAGCGACUUCAUCAAGCAUGCCAUUCCGGAAGUGGCGCUAUGUUUGGAGGACUUUGUCGACGAGGUACGCGAUGCAGCAGUUGAAGCUCUGACGGCAUUGGCGGUGGAGUGCCCGGCGCAAACCCUGGCAGAAGUCAGGCGGCGCUUGGCACAUCCGGACUGGUGUGUCCGGCAUCACGCUGUAAAGGAUCUUCCGGUCCUUUGCGCGCUCCAUCAGAUUUCACCUCCUGGCGAUCUACAAAGCAUUGAUUCGCUGAAAGUGCUGAUGAAGGACUCUAGCAGCCGUGUGCGCGUGGCCGUGAUGGUGGCUCUGAUGGGCCUUAUGAAGACACGGGGAUCGAUGUGUGAUGAUCCAAUUCUCAAUGAGUUGAGGGCCAGUCUCCAGGACUCUCACUUUCUUGUGAAGCGCGCAACGGCUGGCAUGGAAAUUCAGGAUAUAGCUGCCUCAGGGCUUGCACAGUGA